GGCGCGUUCUCCUCACUGGGGGGGGGUGCGUUUGAGGGCUCCGGGUUAGAGAUGUGGGAAUGAAUUCCGCGGAGAUCUUGGCUCAAACUCAGUUGCACGGUUAUGUUAGAUUGGUCUUUUUUGGUUUCGUCGACGACGCCCUCACAUCGGCAAUGGCUCUAAAGGGGAACGUUACAAAGACUGUGUAUGAUUACUCCGGGCUUGAGAAGGACAUGCGUGUCCAGGCAGAAUUUGGUGGUGCAUAUUAUGCUGCAGAAAUCGUUUCAAUUUCAAGAGCUAAGGCUCGAUCGAAAGCUCCUGUGAAGGUCCAUUUUUGCGGCUACUCCCAGGACGACGACGAAUGGGUUGAUGGAAGCCGUCUGCGAUCGAAGGCGCUGAGAAAAGAGGUUGCGAAUGAGAAGGGCCCGAAAGACGAAGUUCCGAAAGAGAAUGACGCGAAGAAAAGCGCGACGAGGAAGGCACAGCGCACGGUCAUUAAAGGUCCUGUGGCUUUCCUGAACAAGGCAACGGUUGUCCAAGGGUCGGUCGUGUUCGCUUCUGGGCAGCUCGGUAUGGCUCCAGGCCCAGAUGGCAAGGUGGCGCUCGUGGAGGGCGGGAUACAGGCCGAGGCCGAUCAAGCUCUGAAGAACAUGGCUGCCGUGCUUGAGGAGGCUGGUACAGACCUGAAACGUUGCCUAAAGGUAAACAUCUUCCUCACCGACAUCGCCGAUUUCGCAGCUUUUAACGAGGUGUAUGUGAAGCAUUUCGACGACCCAGACAACUGCCCAGCGCGGACUUGCCUUGCAGCUGCUGCACUGCCAGUGCCUGGAGCGAAGGUCGAGAUCGAGUGCAUUGCAGCGGGCGGUAAGUGAGCGUUCAUCGGCGAAUGGAUGACUCGGAAGACCAUUUGUUUGUUAUAUCGAGGUUACAGUGAUGUGAACACAUGACGGAGUUCUCUUGUCCUUAUUGUGGCGUUGUUUGUUCAGUUCAAAGGUUCUCGUCGAAGUACUCGAAGGAAGUGUGUGUGUGUGUGUGCGUGUGUGUGUGCGUGUGUGCGUGCGUGCGUGCGUGCGUGCGUGCGUGCGUGCGUGUGUGUGUGUGUGUGUUUGUGUUUGUGUGUGUGUGUGUGUGUGUGCGUGCGUCUGUGUGUAUGUGUGUUUGCCCCCUCUUCACUGAGAGUGCCUCCCAGAAAUCUGCGCUUACCGAUCAAACAAACAGCGAUCGGAA